AUGGUUGACGCGCUGCAGAACCGCGGCAGGCCAAGUAGCACCCUGAACGCAUUGUUGUACUGCACACGCAGUGCGCUAGGCAUACCACAAAGUGUUAAGUGCGGAACUGAUGAGUAUGUUUUAGUCCGCGAUUUGAAGAUCAUGAACUCACUCUUCGACACAUUAUAUUUGAGUCCAUGUGCCAUCGCAUACUCCUCGCAUAUCUUAAGCAGUUUACGCAUAGCUGCAAUCGACGGGCUCCUUAUGAUCUUCGGAUCCAUAAUGGUCGGUUUCUUCGGCCUCCUGCUUGGCACUCAAGUGCAGUUCCACUGGGGUCCUGCUUGGGUCACCCCUGUGAUUAUAUGCUUCUACAGUAUAGCAUACGCUUUCGGCGCUGGAACGAUACCGUAUUUGCUGAUGGGUGAAGUGUUCUUGCCUGAGGUCAGAGGCGUGAUGUCCAUAAUAUGCCUGGAAUGGACAUGGUCCUGCAACUUCAUCGCCAUCUUCAUAUUCAAGCCGCUGGUCGCAGCUAUUGGCUUGGGAUCUGUUUUCUACUUCUUUGCUUUUGUAGCUAUUCUCUCUGCUGUGUUCGCCUACUUCUGCCAGCCUGAGACUAAAGGGCUGUCUGUGAAUGAUAUACAGCUUCUGUUGGUUAAGAAGAAAGUGCGAUGAUCAAUAGAUUUUAAAAGUUUUGUUGAGAAAAAAGUUAGGUCGAAUUUUCAAUCACUUUUUGUUAAUUCAUCAUCAUCAUCAUCAUUUCAGCCACAGGACUUCCCUUGCUGAACAUAGGCCUCCCCCAAUGACUUCCACAUCGCACGGUUGGUAGCGGCCUGCAUCCAGCGCCUUCCUGCUACCUUUACCUUUUGCUGAUUAUUACAUUCAUAAGUAUAAUGCUGUCUAAGUAUGAUAGGCAUUAAAAACAGCUUGUUGUAAUAUGAGAAAUUGCCAUCAAGGUGGUAAUUAAACCAAAGAACAGUUUUUUACUUACUAGAAACAAUUUUUUUAACAUAAGUGGAUCACUUGUAUCAGUUGUAUCAUCAAACGUUUAGGAGAGCCCCAAAACGUAUUAAAGUUAAGAAACAUAAUAAUAUUUUCUAAGUGUUAUUGUGAUAUACUUAGGUUGUAAAUAAAAAUUGUGAUACUUUAUAAAUCUGUGUUUUAUAAGUUACUAAAAUUUUAACAACCCCUCUUUGUAAGCUUAAAACUUAUGUGUGUUGCUAGAGUACCCACUCUACUUCACCACAAUACCUACUUCAGCGGUCGACGAAAAUCAAACUAGCGACUCUCGAACUUGAAUCUCGAUUCGACCGAUU